AUGGAACUUUUGGUUCCUCUUGUGAGUGCUUUUCGGUAUGAAGGAGAUGAUUUAAACAUGACCCUGGCAAAAUCAGAGGCUAAGAUACUUCAUGAGAAGAUCUCUGACAAGGCGUACAGUGACGAGGAGCUCAUCAGGAUUCUGACAACAAGGAGUAAAGCGCAGCUCAAUGCAACACUCAAUCACUAUAACAAUCAUUUCGGAAAUGCUGUAAACAAGGAUCUGAAAACUGAUCCAGAGGAUGAGUACCUGAAGUUAUUGAGGGCAACAAUAAAGUGCUUGACCUGCCCAGAGAAAUAUUUUGAGAAGGUUCUCAGAUUGGCUAUCAAUAGGCUGGGGACAGAUGAAGGAGCUCUUACUCGAGUUGUUGCUACUCGAGCUGAGGUUGACAUGCAUCGUAUCAAAGAGGAAUACCAGCGGAGGAACAGCGUCCCUCUGGAUCGUGCCGUUGCUGGAGAUACUUCAGGAGACUACGAGAAAAUGCUUCUGGCCUUGAUCGGUCAUGGUGAUGCUUGA